AUGAUUUUAGAAGAGAACCAGAAGAAGCUUCGAAAACCAGUGAAAGACACUCUCAUGAAAAAAUCUGCAGCUGAGAUUCCUUCACUUCUUCAGUGUCUGGAUGCUCCUGUCCUGUCAGACUCGGUUUGUCAUAAGGCCUACCCACGUAGAAUUACUAGCAACAUGUUCUGUCUUGGCUUCCUGGAAGGUGGAAAAGAUUCUUGCCAGAUGGACUCUGGUGGCCCUGUGGUCUGCAAUGGAAAACUCCAGGGUGUUGUUUCCUGGGGUACUGGCUGUGCUCAGAAAGGGAAACCUGGUGUCUACACCAAAGUCUGCAACUACCUGAACUGGAUUCAUCAAACCAUUUCUGAAAACUAA